CAAGAAGUCAAGAUGAGUAAAUAACCUGUCGUCAACGGUAUCUCCGACAAGGUUUCAAAAGAACGAACUUUUAACUGGAAAGGUAUCCGAAAUGAGCGUGGCUGGUGCCAGCAGCGGUAGUGCUCCGCCGAAGAUGACGACGGUAGCUGUUGCCGUGAAGGGAGGAGCCUCCGGGGGAAGCGGUAGCCGACGCGCCGUUCUAUGGGCGGUGGAGAAUUUGAAAGCUGAUCGUUUCGUUUUGGUCCACGUCAUGCCAGCAGUCGCCUCUGUUCCAACUCCGUCAGGAGAUCGGAUACCCAUCACGGAAAUGGAUGAGAACGUUGUGGCAAUGUAUGUUCAAGAAGUGAAACUUAAGUUUGAGGAAGUGUUUAUACCAUUUAAGAAGCUAUUCAAAACAAGAAAGAUGGAAACAUUGGUGCUUGAGGAUGACAAUCCUGCUACUGCGCUUCUAAGAUACAUUUCUGAGUUUGGGAUUAACACUUUGGUAUUGGGUUCUUAUAGUUCCAACUGUAUAACAAGGAAGCUGAAGGGUCCUGGGGUACCUAUUACUGUCCUGAGGCGUGCCCCUGAUACUUGUGAUAUUCAGGUUAUAUAUACACAAAGAAUCAUCACAAAAUCAGCUAAUCAAUUAUCGACUAGCGGGACCAGUCAUAGGCCACCAGUUUUUACUGCUACUGAUCGAAAAGAAAGUUCCAGUGGCAUUAAUAAACAUAUAUCCGGUCCCGCUAAUGCUUCUGCAGAAUCUAAAGUGCAAAACUCCUUUGGGAUAGCAUCUUUAUUAGAGCUUGACUACCCAUAUUCAUAUGCAUUUUCAUCUGUGGGAUCUUCAACAAAUGGUAGUUCUUUUAGGCAGUCCAAUUCCAUGGUUUCUGCAAAGACUGAACAGGCUGAAGUGGAACAGCUGCAUCUAGAAUUACAAAAUACUGUUGCCAUGUAUAAACAAGCUUGUGAAGAGCUUGUCCACACCCAGAACAAGGUCCAAGUACUUUCUUCAGAAUGCCUUGAGGAAGCAAGAAGAGUGAAUGCUGCUCUGGAAAGAGAAGAAACUUUUAGAAAAAUUGCUGCAGAAGAGAAAGCAAAACAUAUGCAAGCAACGAAGGAGGUUGAUGAGGCGAAAAACCUGCUUUCUAAAGAAGCUUAUGAAAGGCAGGUGGCUGAAUUGAAUGCUCUUAAAAAGUCCUUGGAGAAGCAGAAAAUUGUUGAUGCACUCUUCUGUGGAGACAAAAGGUACAGAAAAUACACCAGUGAUGAAAUUGAAGUAGCCACAGAUUUCUUCUCUGAGAGUAAUGUGAUUGGUCAGGGAGGAUAUGGGAAAGUCUAUAAAUGUAGUCUUUAUCACACUCCAGUUGCUGUUAAGGUUCUUCAACCUGAUGCGAUAGACAGGAAAGAGGAAUUUCUGAAGGAGGUUGAAGUUCUAAGCCAGCUGCACCAUCCACAUAUUGUUUUGCUGCUUGGAGCCUGUCCAGAGAAUGGUUGCUUGGUUUAUGAAUACUUGGAAAAUGGUAGCUUGGAGGAAUAUAUUUUCCAGCGAAACGGAAAACCUCCACUUCCUUGGUGUAUUCGGUUCCGCAUAGUUUUUGAAGUAGCUUCUGGGCUUGCAUUUUUACAUAACUCAAAGCCAGAUCCUAUUGUCCAUAGAGAUUUAAAACCAGGUAAUAUAUUGUUAGAUAGAAAUUAUCUGAGCAAAAUUGGGGAUGUUGGGCUGGCUAAGCUUAUUUCAGAUGUCGUGCCUGACAACAUCACCGAAUACAGAGACUCUAUUAUUGCUGGUACUCUCUACUACAUGGACCCUGAGUAUCAGAGAACUGGCACCAUCAGACCAAAAUCAGAUCUAUAUGCUCUUGGAGUUACAACACUCCAGUUACUGACAGCUCGCCAUCCCAAUGGUCUUCUACUGGCAGUUGAAAAUGCCAUUACAAAGAGCUCCUUGGCUGACAUUCUAGACAAGUCAGUUACAGAUUGGCCGCUAGCUGAAACAGAAGAAUUGGCUCGAAUAGCAUUGAAGUGUUCAAAGCUAAGAUGCAGGGACAGACCAGAUCUUGACACAGAGAUUCUGCCAAUUCUCAAAAGACUUGUUGAUGUUGCAGAUGCUAGUUUAAAGUUAGAAAAGAACAAUGUAUACGCUCCAAGCCAUUACUGCUGUCCAAUCCUUCAGGAAGUGAUGGAUGACCCUCACAUUGCCGCUGAUGGUUUUACUUAUGAACACAGAGCAAUUAAGGCGUGGCUUGAGAAACACAAUGUAUCACCAGUUACGAAGUGUAGGCUUCAGCAUUCCGUAUUGACUCCAAAUCAGACGUUACGCUCUGCCAUACAGGAGUGGAAGUCGCGCGUGACAUUGUCUGGAACAUAAUUUUAAGCAGGUUGUAUGUCAUGGUACCUUUUCUGGGAUGCAAGAUCUUGUUUCAAGGUGAAAACAGAUUCAUUCUUCACCCCCCACCCAAAAAAUGGGGGCAUGGGACUCUUGGAGUGAGGUUGAAAGUAGCAACUGAAUUUGCCUAUGGAGUGGAUACCGAAGGUAAAGGAUUAGUUCAAGCGUGAUUUUGCACAUUACAAUGUGUAUAUAUGAAAGAACACUUUCUACUGACGAACCCGUCUUUAAAAUGUGUAUAUAUAAAAGAUCAAAAAUUUUUAUUUCGUA